CGCCCUCGGCGCCGUCUGUGGGUGGGGCGUCGCUGUCUGAGUGCUGGCGGUGUGGCAUUGGGAGUCAUGGCUGGUCGUCGAGCUCUGCACUUCGUUUUCAAAGUGGGAAACCGCUUCCAGACGACACAUUUCUUUCGAGAUGUCUUGGGGAUGAAGGUUCUGCGGCAUGAGGAAUUUGAAGAAGGCUGCAAAGCUGCCUGUAAUGGGCCUUAUGAUGGGAAAUGGAGUAAAACAAUGGUGGGAUUUGGGCCUGAGGAUGAUCAUUUUGUUGCAGAGCUGACUUACAAUUAUGGCAUUGGAGACUACAAGCUGGGCAAUGACUUCAUGGGAAUCACACUUGCUUCUAGCCAGGCUGUCAGCAAUGCCAGGAAGCUGGAGUGGCCACUCAGUGAAGUUGCAGAAGGAGUUUUUGAAAUUGAGGCCCCAGGAGGAUAUAAAUUCUAUUUGCAGAAUCGCAGUCUACUUCAGUCAGAUCCUGUAUUGAAAGUAACUCUUGCAGUGUCUGAUCUUCAGAAGUCCUUGCACUACUGGUCUAAUCUACUGGGAAUGAAAAUUUAUGAACAAGAUGAAGAGAAACAAAGGGCUUUGCUGGGCUAUGCUGAUAACCAGUGUAAGUUGGAGCUGCAGGGCAUCGAGGGUCCAGUUGACCAUGCAGCAGCUUUUGGAAGAAUUGCCUUUUCUUGUCCCCAUAAAGAGUUGCCAGACUUAGAGGACUUAAUGAAAAAGGAGAACCAGACGAUACUGACUCCCUUGGUGAGUCUAGAUACCCCAGGGAAGGCCACAGUACAAGUGGUGAUUCUGGCUGACCCUGAUGGACAUGAAAUUUGCUUUGUUGGGGAUGAAGCAUUUCGAGAACUUUCUAAAAUGGAUCCAGAGGGAAGCAAAUUAUUGGAUGAUGCAAUGGCGGCAGAUAAAAGUGAUGAGUGGUUUGCUCAAAGAAACAAACCAAAGGCUUCAGGUUAAUGGAAGACAUCAUGUGAAACAAGCAUUUAUGAUUCUUGCGUGGCACCUGUGAAGCCUGAUGUGUCCCUUUUUGAUAAAUGCUCUUACUACUUAGUUGUGUCCUGCUCAGGCAAGGAGACCUGGGUAGUGAAGAUUUGUAUAUUUCAAUCUUUGAAAGCUCUGAUAUGUUUAGAAAUGAAACCCAAUUAUCAUUAAUCCAGAUAGAGGGAAACUCACUGUAAUCUGCACUUGGACUGUAAUGGUACAUUAUGUAAUAGAUCAGUAACAAAUUAUUUUCCAGACUGGGACAACUCUAUGGGGCAUUAGUCUUGGUUGGGAAUGGAGGGAAUUUUGAUGAAUCAUGUAGAUUUUAAAGGAGUUACUGUUCAAAUAAAUUCAAAUCAAUUGCUUAUAGUAGUCAUAAUUCCAGCAUCUGAUGAUAAAGUGCUGUUCUAAUCUUCUACUCUAGCAGAUCUUAACAUAUACAUUUUUUUAAAGAAAUUCUGUUCCUUAGACAAAGAUUUGGUUAAACCCCAUUUUACUUGCUUUACAUUUUGAGAAGCCAGAGAAAACAGAUGGGAAGGAUUUAAUGUAUUUCUACACACCCAGCUCUGUGCUAGUUUCUUUUUUUUUUUUUUCCAUUCCUUUGCUUUGUUUGCAGUACUGGGAUGGAACCCAGGGGUGCUCUAUCACUGAGAUACAUCCCCAACCCUUUUAAGAAAGUUUUUAUUUUGAGACAAGGUUCACUAAGUUUCCCAGGCUGGCCUUAAACUUCCUAUUCUCCUGCCUCAGCCUCCCAAGUAGCUGGGAUUAUAGAAGUGUGCCCCUGUGCCCCUCUGUGCUAGUUUCUUUAUGUACAAAUGGAUUAAAUGGUUUCUGCAGCCUGAAAAAAAAUGUUA